UACGUAGGACACCUAUGUUUGGUAAUUUGAUUAGGGGCCUCGCAUCUGCAGGUUUACCAUGAAAAUCUUGCGGGUUUUGACGUUUACUUGAGAUUUUCUGAGAAAACUACAGACAAACUGUGGAAUAUGUCUGAACAAGGACAACCCGAGACAUCUUCUGGGGAUGAAGGGUUGGAUCCAAGGAUACAGGAAGAGUUGGAGAGACUGAAUGCUGCCAGCAAUGAGAUUAACAAAUUAGAGGCAGAGUUGGAUGAAGCCCGUGCACUGUUCCGACAAACCCUAACAGAGUCCACCCAGAAGCUGAACCUGUUGUCUAAGAAGAUGGGGAAGUCUGUACAGAAGGCACGGCCGUACUAUGACGCCAAGAAAAUGGCCAAACAGGCACAGAUAGAAGCGCAGAAGGCAGCCGUGGAGUACCAGCGAGCCAACGGGAUCCACCGCGCUGCUCGAGAAACCAUCUCGCUGGCGGAACAGCGACUGUUCAGCGACGCGGACGAGAAGAGACAGUUCGACUCCGCCUGGCAGGAGAUGCUGAACCACGCCACCAUGAAGGUGAUGGAGGCAGAACAGAUGCGAUCGAAGAGCGAACACGACCACCAGCAGAAAGCCGAGGCCUACACAACAGCCAAUCAGAAGCUGCAACAGUUAGAGAAGUCACUGAAGAAAGUCAUCGUGAAAACCAAGCCAUACUUUGAUGUCAAGACUAGUUUUGAGCUACAACUUCUGCAACAGAAACAGAACGUGGAAGACCUUCAGAAGGCCGUGUCAGCUUCUAAGGUCAAGUACAGGGAGGCCUUAAAGAACCUGGAGAGCAUCUCAGACGAGAUCCACCGCAACCGACAACUUCUCAAGGAGCCGCGCAGCGCGGGGGUGGGGGCCGAGGCUGACCGCGACGACCUGCCGGAAAUCAACCUCGAUGAUGUGGAUUCCUGUUCUCAGUACUCGGACCUUGAUGACGGCCACAGCCUGGACACAGACUCCACCACAGACGACGCCUCCAUGAUCGCACAGACGGACAACACUAGCCUCAGCAGGAGGGACAGGGGGGGAUCGUUCACUUCUCACAGCAGCGUGGGGGAGGGUUACUCCUCAAGUUCACAGGACGUUACAGAGGGAGGGUGUACCACUGUGGCAACAGCUUCAUGUACAGCAGAAUCUGUGCAAGCUGUGGAGGGAGGAAGUAACACUGAAGGAACGGCCGCAGCAGUACCAAAACAAGCAGUGGAGCAAGGGCCGACAGCAAAGGUAACAGCGGUAGAUAGAAACAACACCGAGGAUGGAGCAACAUUUGAAGGAAUGGCUGCAUUAAGGAAGGAAGAAGAAAAGGACAGUUCAUCAGAAAAUAGUCAUACCACUUCUCAGAAUGAUGCUAUUUCUAAGAUAGAAGCAGACAAAACAGAUAAGGAAGACACAGAUGUACUUGCACAGCAGGAUGCAGUUGAUGAUGUUGAGAAAGCUUUGAAAGAUGUUGUAGAUGAGGAUGUUGUAGACGAGGGUAAAGAAGAUGUAUCACAUUGUUCAGUGGAGCCUACACCUAGUAUUACUGUACCUGGUAAAGUUCUUGCUGAAGAGAAUGUUGAACAGCAGCAAGGUGUGCCUACGGAAGUGGUUGAAGCUGAAUCUGACAGCUUUCUUUCAUCACAUAAUGAAGGGGAAAGGAAAAAUGUACAAAAUGUUGCUGAGGAAUGUGAUAUGAAUGUACCAGAUGAGGUCAAGGUCUCAGAAUGUCGGGAAGAAGUCACAGAAAAGCAGGUAGAACAGGUUGAUAUCAACCUCGAGUCUAGCGAAAACAGUGCACAGGAAAAUCAGGACCCCACAGUUAUUACAGAUAUGGCAGAGAAAGAGACUGUAGAAACAAGGGAAGAAAGUCAGACAGCAGGGUUAGUUACAGGGAGGAAUGAUGAUAGCACUAACAGGGAGGAAAGUACAGAGGCAAGCAGCUCUGACUCCACAGAAACUAAUGUGACAGAUUUGACUGUUUUAAGCACUAAUGUAGAGGAAAGACCACCAGAAACAAGACAAACAGACGAAUCUUCCAGUGCAGAUAACAUAGAGCGUGGGGAUCAUCAGGUAGAGAACAGGCAAGGGGUUGACAUAGAGGGUCAAAUGUCAGAGGUUAUGGCGGAACAAAAACAAACAAUGGAACAAAGUUCUGAGAUUCAGGGACAGGGGGACUCCCUGGAAAAAGACGAAAAACAGAAUUUGUCCAGUCCAACAAAAUCAGUGGAUGAAAUGACAGCAGAGGAGAUAGAUGAACUAGAGGACACUUACUUGUAAGUUGAAUAGAAUGAGAUUUUUUAAAACAACAAAUAUUAUAUUGAUUGUAAUGGUCAUUCCUCGGAUCAAUUAUACAAAACAGCUUAUGACAAAGCAGUUUGGUAAGAUCCCAUUGUUUCCUAGUCCAAAAAAGGAAGAUAUAUGAUGCAUUUUUACAAUGUAAAACGUAAUGAAGCCAAAUGAAUCCCAGGUACAGUUACGUGUACAGCAAUUUUCUGAUAUUGACUGUGACAGUCUUGUGGAAAUACAGAUAAGACAAGUUGAUAGUGUAAUCAUGAUAAGCAAUACAAUACAUACAGGCAUGGAAAAUCCCUGAAGAAAAUAAGUAUGAAAGAUGUGUAUUUUGGAAAUAGUGGUAUAUAAAUGAAAAGACAAUAAUGUUAUAAAUGAUAUUUUUGGAAAGCUUAUAUUGGACAGUUGCUGCAUACAUGUAUGUGCAUUGUGUUACAUUAUGACCUAGGCAUCAGUCUUAUUCAAUAUAUGUGGCACGUUUUCAGUUUUUUUGCAUGAAUGCAUUUUUGUUGUUCAGUCUCACCUGCACUUUUUCAAAUCCAAGCAGAUCCUUGCAUGAUGAUGUUAGUCUCAUACUAGUCAUAGUGUUGAUUUUAUAUUAAGCAUAAACAGUAACCUGCCUCACAGUGUAACACACCAUUUUAGAAUUUCUACAAUAUUAGCACACACAUCCUUAAGGGGAGAGGCAAGGUUACUCGCCCCUAUAAAAGACCAAGAAUUUAUGUGAUUUAUUGAUAAUGAAGAUGGACAUUUAUAGAAGUGGCCAUUUUUCUUUAAUGGAAAGUGAUGAACGUUGUACUCUCACUUUUAAUUUUUACCAAAAAAAGUUGUCACAUUGUAUAGCUGACAUGAUUGCCUCAAACGUUGAAAUGCAGAUAUGCACAUGUAGAUAUGUUGUAAAAAUGAAAAGAUCAAUGUGGUCAUUUUAUAUACAGAUAUAUGAGAUACAGGGUAAAAUUGGUCCUGGUGUAAAUGUACAAUUGAAACCUAUAAACUCAUGGUGUAUCAAUGCAUUUUUUCAUCACAGGUUCCAAUUUGUAAAGAUGUACAUGUAUGAUAAUUAAGAAACUCGAAAAGAAAGAAAAAUUUUCCUUGACGACAUUUUCCAUUGUCCUCUUUAUUUGGCAUGCAUUUCCUUUCCAUCCAUCUAUUACUUUUCUACGCAUCUUGUUACUAUGGAAACAACUGUUGUUAUACUGUAAAUACCAUUAUGAAGGGCAUUACAAUGCUCUAGGUCAGCUCUUGGUUAUAUUGAUAUGCAGUGUUGUCAUUGAUGUUUAUGCCACAAAACUAGUAAACAAUGUGAGUAAACAUAAUGUGGAACACUAUAAGCCAUUGUAUUACAAAAUUGUUGACUUUGUGACACUUAAUUUCUUCUACGAGUAAGGAGAUUUGGGUGUUGAUCAGGCAUUGCCAUCAUUGCAUGCAAUUGAUAUACAUGUGUAAUGGAUAUGUAAGACCAUGUUGAUUUGAUUAUACAGAUAUUUUCUUGUUUUUUUUUUCAAGUCAAUAGCUGCAAUGACUGCAUGUAUUUUCUCAUGUGUAAACAGGUAUGCAAUAUUACGUGUGACAUUACGUAUUAGUGCAACAUUGUAUUGGUAUCUGACAAUUUUAGUUGGAAACAAACUUAAACUUUUACAGACAUUUCAUUCGAUAAUUUGAUCAUUUUUUAAAUAUCAACUCCCUCUUUUCCUAUGUACAGAGGAAAACUGAAUUUUUACAUGUGCAUUUGUUUUAAAUUGACACAAAAUUACUUUAUGGGCCAAGGGCUGUAGGUAUUUUUCAUACAAAACAUAUGUCUCACAGGAAGGUGUUAUGAUGUGUAACUCAAUUCUGCACAGAUAAAGAAUAAAGUGGAAAAUAAUACAGA